CGGGAGGCCCGCCGCCGGACUGCGCGGAAGGCGGGCCUCGCCAUGGAACAACGGCUGGCCGAGUUCCGGGCGGCUCGCAAACAGGCCGGGAAGGCGGCCCAGGCCUGCACUUUAAGUCCGCCAGUACAAACCUCGGGAGAGAAGGCGGAAGCGGUUACGACUCCAGAGGCGGCUUCAGGCUGGUUAAGACGGUUCCUGAUACUUGUACGGACACCGAGGCCCGCGAGUGCCCGAGCCCUGCCCAGCCGCGCUCAGGGAGCAGCUCAGCCCCGGAGCAGCGCAUCGCAGGCCCCGCGGCAGCCCCCGCGGAACGCCGCCGGCCCUCUGCCUCCGCCUCCACACCAUGACGGGUCUUUCCUGACCAACAUCACCUUCCUGAAGGUUCUUCUCUGGUUGGUCCUCCUGGGACUGUUCGUGGAACUGGAAUUUGGCCUGGCUUAUUUCGUCCUGUCCUUGUUCUACUGGAUGUACGUAGGGACACGAGGUCCAGGGGAGAAGAAGGAGGGCGAGAAGAGCGCCUACUCUGUGUUCAACCCGGGCUGCGAGGCCAUCCAGGGCACCCUGACUGCUGAGCAGCUGGAGCGCGAGUUACAGAUCCGGCCCCUGGCGGGGACCUAGGGCCCAGCCACCACAGGCGAAGCCGGCUGCCACAGGCGAAGCCCAGCCUGUCUUCCUGGCCCUGGAGCCUGGACUUGAUUUCUGGUGCAGGGACUGAGGACAGCCUGCAGGCUGGCUCUGUGACUGCACAGUUCCCUGCUCUUUCCCAGACCUGCUGCUGCUGCAGUUCUAUCUUCAACCUCUCUGGCUUGGGUGAAAUUCCUGAAAAGACGUUCCCUGUGGGGCUGAUGCAAUUCAUAAAUGUUAUGUUUUCAAGAAAAGUGGUCUUUUGGUCUCAUCACUGGAGAGAGCUGGUUGGGGGGCUGUAGGAAGUAACGAUUAGAUCCAUCACUGGGCUAUAUUUUCAAUGUAAAUAUUCUCCUUAGGUCUUUUAAUAUUUAUAGCAGUUUGUUCCCUGAAAGUUUAAGUUCCAAAUUUUGAGGGUUUCAUUUUGCUUCCCGUUGUAAUUCUUGCUUUUUCAGGCAUUAUGAUACUGAGCUAUAAAAUGUUCAUCAGACAUCUUUUUCAUUCCAGAGCUGUGUACCAGCCUCCAUCACCAUCUCCCAAUUUCCCUUUAUUCUGUCCCGGCUUGGUAAAGGGACAAGAGAUGAAGGGACAGAUGUGAGGGAGGGAUUUCACAGUCAGUAUUAGGGAUUUGAUGUGAUAUCAAUUACUACUGAUUAUUAAUCUCAUAAACUAGAAAAAUUCUUGGCUAUGUUCAGAGGGGAGGGCUGGACUAGAACUUCACACUGCUUCGGUUAUUCCUUCUUUUUAAAAAAAUCUUUUAAAAAUUAUUUAUUUGGUGCAGGGUUUUGCUACACCAUUCAGACUCUGUAGUGAUGUUCCUGCGUCAGCCUCCCUAGUGCUGGGAUUACAGGUGUGCACCACCCUGCCCAGUUUCAGUGGUCCACAUGCACCUGGGCCUGCAGUGUGGCAUGCGGUACCAGGGAUCGAACUUAGGUCCUUGAGCGUGCCAGGCAGGUGCUUAGAGUGCCAAGCUAGCUCCCCAACCCUGUCCCUGAUUUUCUAAGUGCUUUAAAAACAGCAGUCAUGUGGCUUGAGAUUGGGGUGAGAAAAUUGCAGUGACGAUCAGGGUUGGUUUUAUGUCCUUUCUUCUUCCAGUUCAAGUCUGAGUUCCUUGAAAUUGCAACAAAGCCAUGAAAUACUUUUUCUAUGGAUCAGACAGAUGAGUAAAAGGACUCUAGUUUUAUUUUAUUUUAUUUAUUUAUUUAUUGUGGUAUUGGAGAUCAAAC